AUGGCGCUUCUCCUCCAUCCCCGCCUCCCUUCCUCUCCGCGCGGCAGCCCACCACCACCGCGCCAUCUCGGACGCCUCUUGCCUCCUUGCCCUCCCCGGCCCCGGAAGGAAGCGCACGCUGCUCGCGGUCACGUGCCGCGCGGCCAGGGUCAAGGAGCCCGCCCGAGCGCAGGCGCCUCGCCACCGCCGCAGGCGCUGGCGAAGGAGGCGCACAAGUACUUCGACCACGCCGUGGUCACCGUCCGCGCGGGCGACGGCGGGCACGGCACCGUGCUCGCCAUGCCGCCGGCGCCCUCCGCGGACGCCGCCAAGCCCCGCGGCAGGUUCAACCGGGGCGAGAAGAAGAGCAAGAAGGUGUCGUACAAGCGCAACUACGACGGGUCCGUGGCGCUGCCGACGGGCGGCCACGGCGGCGACGUCGUGGUGUACGCCGACGAGUCCGAGGAGACGCUGCUGCGGUUCCACGAGAAGGCGCGGUACUGCGCCAAACGGGGAGGGAACGUGGGCGCCGCUGGCGGCACGCUCAGCUCGCGGAUGCACAGCGGGUUCGCCGGGGAGACGCUCAGGAUACCCGUGCCUGUAGUUAUUUUGCAGAUCAGCUUGAUAGAUGUGCCUGAGUACAGGAGGAGGAAAGCCAUGGUUUUAUCCCCAAACAUCAUGCGAGAUACUAGCGACAAAGUGUUAACUCAUGGUCAGCCUGGUGAGGAAAUAAGCUUGGAGUUGAUCUUAAGGGUAGUUGCUGAUGUUGGCCUUGUGGGACUUCCAAAUGCUGGAAAGUCAACACUUCUAUCAGCUAUAACGCUUGCAAGACUAGACAUUGCUGAUUAUCCCUUCACUACAUUAAUGCCCAAUCUUGGCCGGCUUGGUGGAGAUCCUGCUUUAGGGGCCUUACAGUUUUCCUCAGAAGCAACAUUGGCAGACUUGCCAGGUCUAAUUGAGGGCGCUCAUCUAGGAAAGGGUCUUGGCCGCAAUUUCUUAAGACACUUAGGGAGAACUAGAGUAAUCGUCCAUGUUGUCGAUGCUGCUGCAGAUGACCCUGUCAAUGAUUAUAAGAUUGUCAGAGAAGAACUAAGGAUGUAUAACCCCCAAUACCUGGAGCGACCUUAUGUUGUGGUCCUGAACAAGAUUGAUCUUCCUAAGGCCAAUGAUAGGCUAUCAUCGCUGGCCUUAGAGAUAUCUUCAAUUGGAUGUGAAGAAGGGCAUGACCAAAGUGGCAGCAAAGAUAACCUACAUGGACACGUAAGCAAUCAUCAGGUCUUAUCAGAGGCUAAAGUUGAAGGUGGUGAAAAGGAGCUUGGGGACUAUCCAAGACCUCAAGCUGUUGUGGCUGCUAGCGUGUUGAGGCAUAUCGGGAUUGACGAGAUGCUGAAGGAGAUAAGGGCAGCCCUGAGAAAAUGCUUUGAUCACAAGUUACCAGAACCUUGA